AAAAAAAAAAGUCUCACAGAAAAAAAUCAAAGACAGUUGUUUGCCACAGAGAGAUAGGGACAGAUAGCGAUUAGAGAAAGGAGAGAGAGAGAGGGAGAGACCUUGCGUGAGUGUGGUAUAAUAAUAAGUGCAGAAGGCCACAACUCGAAGAAUCUCAUAAAGCGUAUCUGGAGAACAGAAGGAUAUCAGUUUUUGGAGGGACUUCGUGAAGAAGUUGUUGACCAACAGACUCACCGGUACUUGGAAAAGCGAUGUGCUUUCAGAUACUUUUUAGGUUUCUCAGGCAAACAUGUUGGUGGAAAGUUCCUUCAGCGCUUCCGUUAAAACUAGCCUUCUGAACACAUCUGAGUAUCAACACCCAUUUGCUGCUUUUAAUUGGAUGUCGCUAACUGAAACUUAUCAGAUGAUCCACAAACUUCCAGAUCAGUCUCAAGUAAGCUUUCUUGAAGCUGUUCCAGUCCCUGAUGCAGUGAAUCUCGAUGAACUAAGUUGUCCAGAGAAAACUGUUAUUCAUAAGGUAUCGGAACUAAGUUGUCCAGAGCAAACUGGUAUGCAUAACGUAUCGGAAAAGGCUCUGACUUCACUUGUGUAUAGUCGAAGGAAGUGGAGCAUGAGACCUGGAGGUACUGAGGAUAAUAGCCCAGGAAAAUGCAAUAAACAGGAGGUUUCACUUGAUGGGUCUGUCGUCCCGGUUUAUAACCAUGAAGAAAGCAUAAAAGGGAAACAUCGGUUCAACAACUGUCUUGUUUAUAGCCGAAAGAAGAGGGGCAAAAUCAGUUAUGUUACUGGAGAAACUACGUUAAGGGCUGAUGGGAUUGAUGAUGCUUUUGUCUCUGGGCACGACUGUGGAGAAGCCAAGAGAAGAAGAACUCGAUUAGAUGAAUGUCUCGUGUAUACCAGCAGAAAGGAAGGUGGAGUAACAUCUAAUGGUUGUAGCUUUAGCGAACAUGUCUCUAGAGGAACCAAGAUAGGCUGUGAUCAAGCUGACUCUUCUGAAUAUAUCCAAGUGGAGCAUAUAGUUAAAGCUGGUGGGGGUUUCACUGGAGCUAACCCUGGAGAAAUCAGCAAUAGCAGUCAUCGACCUGUUUGCAGCCAAAGCAAGCAGUUAGUGAAAUCUAAUGGCUUACUUGUGUAUAGCCGGAGGCAGCAGAGAGGGAAAUAUAAUGGUGCUCCGGUUUAUGGCUUUCUAGUGUAUAAGCGGAAGAAGCCUAGUGUAGACAAUACUCAAGCUACCGAAGUGACAUCUUCUUCUGAAGGAACAAAUGACAGAUGCUCGUCACAAUCCAGUUCUGAACUUGCUUCAGGUCCCAGUAAAACUGGAGAAAGUGAAGCUGCAGAUUCUGGCUCAGAUACAGACAGUAGCAGCCCUUUCAAACAGUGUAAACGAUGUGAUAAGGCAGGAAAUGUGGACAAGAUGUUAAUUUGUGAUGAAUGUGAGGAAGCAUAUCAUACAAGGUGUUGCGGUGUUCGAAUGAAAGAAGUUGCACAGAUUGAUGACUGGUUUUGUCGAUCUUGUUUGGAAAAGAAGCCAUCAAAGACAAAUUUUAAAGGGAGAUCACGGGAACGGAAAUGGAGAGUUUCAGAACCAUUUGUAAUAGGAAUUCGAGUAGGAAAGGAGUUUCAAGCGGAUGUUCCAGACUGGUCCGGUCCAACCAUGAGUGAUAGUACUUCUUUUGUUGGUGAACCCCUGGAGAUUGAUCACUCAAAAUAUAUGCAUGAUCUCAAGAACGGUAAGAAACCAGGUUCUGCAGUAAAUUGGCUCCAAUGCAGAGAGGAGGAUAGGAAUGGAGAUAUUUGUGGAAAGUGGCGUAGGGCUCCUCGCUCAGAGGUACAGACCAACGACUGGGAAUGCUUCUGCUGCGUCUCUUGGGAUCCAUCGCAUGCUGAUUGUGCCGUCCCUCAGGAACUAGAAACAGAUGAGAUCCUGAAACAACUCAAGUACAUCAACAUGCUUAGACCUCGUUCAGACGCCAAAACGCGGAAGAUAGGACCAGAUGGUCGAAGCAGAUUAUAUAAAUGAAAAUUCUUGAUGGACGCAAGCUUUAGUCAUAUCAAAAUGCGUAUGCUUUUUGGAUCAGAGACUAGAAACUAGAUAGGUAGUUCAGAAUUUUUGUUGGUAACUCCCAAAACAGUAGU